GACAAAGCAUGGCUACCAAUCCAACAGAAAUCAAGAACUACAUUGGAUUUUAAAAGUCAGCUUUUUUUCAUCCUUGGAUUUGAGGUAGAUUAAAUAAUUGAAAAGGCUAGGCUAUUAGGUCAUGAUUUUUAUGUUACAGCUGUCCAGCAUAAGUUGACAGACACUCUGCAAGGCCUGUUGACUGAAUAAGAGAGGCAUAGAAAAUCUCUGUGGAUAGAAGAACAACAGUCAAUGAAAUCUGAAAAGGAACAUGAUAGAAUGAAAAAAAUAGCCGGCAUUUGUAAAGCUGCAAUUAGCAGAGGUCCUAUGGCAGCUACAAUUGUAUUUUCUGAAUAAAUGCAAUAAUGUAUGUGUGGUAGUGGGCUUAACUGCUACAGCAACUUUGAGAGGGUUAUUGCUUCACAUAAAAAUUGAACAGCCUUCUGCAAGCUUGACAAGUGAACAACUAUGAAAGGUUCAUUGCUUUUGAUUUCAAGUGUUAUCAUACUAUCAGACAUGGUGAAUGGCUGUCCCCAAAACUGUCUGUGUCAUCAUUUUUCAAUGACAGUGGACUGCAGGAAUCGAGGACUUGUUGAAGUACCUUCACACUUACCUGCUGAAACUCAAAUACUACUUUUGUCAAAUAAUCACAUUCAGAAAAUCAGUCAAGGUGCUUUCACUGAUACUCUGGUCCUCAAAAUUUUGGAUUUAUCCAAUAAUUCUAUCUCAGGUCUGUUGCCUAGCACAUUCAAAGGACUGCAACAUCUACAGAUUCUAAAUCUAACUAAGAACUUCAUUGAAUAUGUAGACAACAAUACUUUUCGUUCACUUCCACGUCUAAAAGAGCUAGAUUUAUCUUUCAACAAUAUAUUAAGUAUGCCUGGAACUCUAGGAAAUAACACAGGGAACAUAACUUUAUUGUCUAUGAAACAUAAUAAACUUCAGAAAGUAGACAGACUUCUGCUGGAAUCUCUCCCAAACCUGAAAGUUGUUCUUUUGAAGAAUAACUUCUGGCAGUGCAAUUGUCAACUCUUUGGUUUUAAAUUAUGGCUGGAAAGUUUUUUAUAUAGAGACUGAAAGUCACUCUCUGAGUGAUCGAAGACAUGUGUGAUAUCAUUUUGUCCCUGGAAAAAGAAACUACAACUCUAGAAACCAACAUAAAAUUGAUCCAACGAAUUUCUCUCUGUGUUAUCUAUACUUACAACUGUAUAAAUGGAAUGUGCAGUCAAAGAAAGUUCCCUUUCCUAUCCCACAACUGUCUCUCUCUCCCCUACUCCAAGCCCAUUCCUGCUGUGUUCCUCUUCCUUAGCCGUUAUGUCUUCUGGGACCCUACCCCUUAAGCACUCCUAUCUCCUGGCCCACCUUCCCACAGAAACUUCCCUCUCUGCUUCUUGAGCUCUUUGACUUUGCCCUCACUUCCCAUCAACAGUGUGGAAGCUUUUCCCACCAUUCCCAGUCAGACCUCUCACUUUCUCCACAGAAACUGCAUUUUCUUUUGCAUAUUGUCACUCAGAUAAGGCUAACUCUCAUAGUGGAAAACAUCUGAUAAUUCUCUCAUUGAAAUCUGACCUAAUUUGCUUUUUGCUCUGAUCAACAUCUAUUUAGCCAUGGUUUCCAAAACACUGUUACUGUAUGAUGGCCAUUUUAACUUCCCCCAUGCUGGUUUUAAUCACAUGAAGAACAGAUUGUGUGUGGCUUCUGGCCAAUAGGAAUAAAGAAGCGAGACACAAGUGAUGGGUGUGGGAAGCUAAUGUAAACCUCAACCUUGGGUGAGCUGAACCUUGCCCAUUCCAAGGGGCAUGAUUAGGCAUAGCCAAAGCCAUGGCCCCACCAUGAAGGGAGUAGGGAGCCUCAAGAAUGCUAUAUAUACAGACUAAGGACCCUAUAGCAGCUGGCCUCCUGUCACCUUCAAAGGUGCCUAAAGGGUGCUCACUUGUUCACUUAAUAUUAACCUUUCCUGCCAAACCAUGUGACCAAAUUAACCAUGUAACUAAAUCAAUCUAUUUAACUGCACCCAUCCCUAGAUCUGUACAGCCUCCAGCUUCCAGUACAGAGUAGGUGAAUGCACCUGCCCAGCUUGGUCAAUUUGCGGGCAGGAAAAACAAAUCCUACUCAGCCCCAAAGCAACUGGAAAUCCUGCACUAGAACAGAGGAUAGGCUGGGCAAGUGCAAAAAAAGUGGUCCAAAGAGGCCCAUGGGGGGCAGCCAAAACCUAUAAAUCCUGCAGCCAUGCAUCACAAAUGUAGGCAUUGACUGAGUGAACACACCAAGCAUCCCCCAUCUCUCCUCCCUUCCUGGCCAGCCGUAAUAACACUCCCACACUCAGGAUUGCAUGCCUGGAGGAAGUGGAAUUAUGUGAAAUGUAAACAGGAUUUUUUUGUUUUAAGCUGGACAAACAGCUUCUGCGAGCACACUAGUGACUGUUCUGUAGGACACCCCCUCCCCUGAUUUCUCAGAGUAACUUUUCAGGGUGGGCAACACUGUUCAUUCAAACCUUCCAAUGGGUCUGGAGAACUAAGUGUGGACAGCAAUGGUAGGAUUGAUGUGAGUGAUGUGAUGUUUGGGUUGUUUCAUUUAUGACAUAUUCCUACUACUUGUUUUCCGUGGUUGGGCUGUUGGACUAUAGCAUUUAUAAAGGAAAGGAAAGCUUAAGUUUAAUGAACA